AUGCUAAGAUUUAAUUUGAUAUUUUUCUUAAAAUUUUUUUUCUUUUUUUAUUUGGUUAAAGAUUGUACGAAUAAAAAACUUGAAAGAAGCAUUACUAAUAAAUAUAAUUGUUUUUUUUUUUUUUUUAAAAUAAAUAAUACACCUUUUUUUAAGAAAAAACUUAAUAAUACUAAAAAAAAUUUAUUAAAAGCCCGUAAAAUAGAUCAGAAAAAGAUAAAAAGGAUAAAGAAUUAUCAGUAUGCAAUAAAGCAUAUGUAUGAUAAAAACGGAAAAAGAAUAAAACAAAUUAAUAAAGAAAAAAAAUCAUUAAAAAAAAAAAAAUUAUUUGAUUAUGAAGGAUUUAAAGUAGAUAAAAUAUUCACAUGCUUAAGUGAAGAAGAUAUGGAAGAAUUACGAGAAGAAGAAUUAAAAAGAAAGUCUGGUGAAAUUUUGUAUAACAAUAAGUAUAUAGAUAAUUAUGGAGUAGAAUCAGAGAAUGAUAUAAAUGAAGUAUAA